AUGAAGCACCUCUUUUUUACGAACACAAACACCGGGUAUACCACCGCCGGCGGGGUUCGCGGGCUCUUGCACGCUGCCUCGCAAUACUGGGAGCGAACGUUGCAUCCCCAUGCAACACUUGCGCACCCUCCCGCGCACCCACCCCCACCCCCACGCACACCCCCACCCCCCAAGAGACACGCCGCUCUGACAGACCACGCAGCUCUAGGAUAUGUAAAUAGC